CGCAUCGAAGACAGCGAGACCAAGUCUCUCUUCUCUCUCCUCCUCUUAUCCGCAGCCUUUCAAACCCUAGAAAAUCUCGAAUUCCGAGCCCUUAUAUAUAAUCCUCAGGGCUCUAAAUUCUUUGAGGAUUUUCAAGUUUAAUGAGUUCGGAUUUCGAGUUGAGGUGAAGAGGGGGAGAGUUUCUGUGAGUCACAUCUGAUUUGUCGUGAUAUGACUUCUCUGAGCAGAGAAUUGGUGUUUCUCAUACUCCAAUUUUUGGAGGAGGAGAAAUUCAAGGAGUCGGUACACAAGCUUGAGAAAGAAUCGGGGUUCUUUUUCAACAUGAAGUACUUUGAGGAGAAAGUGCAGGCUGGUGAGUGGGAAGAGGUUGAGAAGUACUUAUCAGGGUUUACCAAAGUUGAUGAUAAUAGAUACUCGAUGAAAAUAUUCUUUGAAAUUAGAAAGCAGAAAUAUCUUGAAGCGCUUGAUCGGCAAGACAAGGCAAAGGCUGUUGAGAUAUUAGUGGGAGACUUAAAAAUGUUCUCCACCUUCAACGAGGAGCUAUACAAAGAGAUAACCCAGUUAUUAACUCUUAAUAAUUUCAGGGAGAAUGAGCAGCUGUCCAAGUAUGGUGACACCAAAACUGCUCGAAGCAUUAUGUUGAUAGAGCUAAAAAAACUCAUAGAGGCAAAUCCUCUUUUCCGUGAUAAGCUUAUCUUUCCUACCCUUAAGUCAUCAAGACUGAGAACCUUAAUCAAUCAAAGUCUAAACUGGCAGCAUCAGCUCUGCAAAAACCCAAGGUCAAAUCCAGAUAUAAAGACUUUAUUCACAGAUCACACAUGUGCACCUCCUAAUGGUCCUUUAGCACCUACACCUGUUAAUCUUCCAAUUGCUGCAGUUGCAAAGCCUGCUGCUUAUACUCCACUUGGAGCUCAUGGUCCCUUCCCACCUGCUGCUGCAACUGCCAAUGCUAAUGCUUUGGCUGGUUGGAUGGCCAAUGCUUCAGCUUCAUCAUCUGUCCAAGCAGCUGUUGUCACAGCAUCAACCAUGCCUGUUCCACAGAACCAAGUGUCUAUCUUGAAACGUCCUAGAACACCUCCUGCAACUCCUGGGAUGGUUGAUUAUCAGAAUGCUGAUCAUGAACAGCUAAUGAAAAGGCUUCGUCCUGGUCAUUCUGUAGAGGAGGUUUCUUAUCCCUUGGCUCGACAAGCAUCUUGGUCGCUUGAUGAUCUACCAAGAAUGGUGACUAUGACAUUGCAUCAGGGAUCUUCUGUGACAAGCAUGGAUUUUCAUCCUUCUCAUCAAACCUUACUUCUUGUGGGUUCAAAUAAUGGUGAAAUUACCCUCUGGGAACUCAGUUUGCGAGAAAAGUUGGUCUCAAAGCCAUUCAAGAUAUGGGAUGUGUCUUCAUGCUCAUUACCAUUUCAGGCUGCUGCAGUCAAAGAUGCACCUAUUUCUGUCAGUCGGGUCACAUGGAGCCCUGAUGGAAGUUUUGUGGGUAUUGCUUUCACUAAACAUUUGAUUCACUUGUAUGCCUACACUGGAUCAAAUGAGCUAGCCCAUCGUAUAGAGGUUGAUGCUCAUGUUGGAGGUGUGAAUGACUUGGCCUUUGCUCAUCCAAAUAAGCAGCUGUGUAUCGUGACUUGUGGGGAUGAUAAGUUGAUAAAGGUAUGGGAUUUAAAUGGACGAAAACUAUUCAACUUUGAGGGGCAUGAGGCACCUGUAUAUUCCAUUUGUCCCCAUCACAAAGAAAACAUUCAGUUCAUAUUUUCAACUGCUAUUGAUGGGAAAAUAAAGGCAUGGUUAUACGACAACGUGGGUUCUAGGGUUGACUAUGAUGCCCCUGGUCAAUGGUGCACUACAAUGCUUUACAGUGCUGAUGGAACUAGGUUAUUUUCUUGUGGGACAAGUAAAGAUGGAGAGUCUUUUCUUGUUGAAUGGAAUGAAAGUGAAGGAGCCAUUAAGAGAACAUACAAUGGAUUCAGAAAAAAAUCUGCUGGUGUUGUGCAGUUUGACACAACCCAAAAUCGCUUUUUGGCUGCAGGUGAAGAUGCUCAAGUUAAGUUUUGGGACAUGGACAAUAUUAAUCCUCUAAUAAGCAUUGAUGCUGAUGGAGGAUUACAGGGCCUUCCACGCUUGAGAUUCAACAAGGAAGGAAAUAUUCUUGCUGUUACUACUGUGGACAAUGGAUUCAAGAUACUUGCUAAUGCUGCUGGUCUCAGAUCUUUAAGAACAAUCGAAACUCCAGCAUUUGAAGCCUUGAGGUCACCCAUUGAAUCAGCUGCAAUCAAGGUAUCUGGCUCUUCUACUGUUAAUGUUAGUCCUGUCAACUGUAAAGUGGAAAGAAGCUCCCCUGUCAGGCCUUCUCCAAUUCUUAAUGGAGUUGAUCCUAUGGGCCGAAGUGUAGAGAAACCAAGAACUGUGGAAGAUGUAAUAGAUAGAGCUAAACCAUGGCAACUAUCUGAAAUUCUGGAUCCUGUCCAAUGUCGGUCAGUUACUAUGCCUGACAGCACAGAUUCUUCCAGCAAGGUUGUUAGACUUCUAUAUACAAACUCUGGCGUUGGUAUUUUGGCCCUUGGUUCAAAUGGUAUCCAGAAGCUUUGGAAAUGGGCUCGCAAUGAACAGAAUCCAACAGGGAAGGCUACUGCUAGUGUUGUUCCACAGCAUUGGCAACCCAACAGUGGCCUUGUUAUGACUAAUGAUAUCUCGGGUGUCAACCUUGAAGAAGCAGUCCCUUGCAUUGCACUUUCAAAAAAUGACUCGUAUGUUAUGUCUGCCUGCGGUGGAAAGGUUUCCCUAUUUAACAUGAUGACAUUCAAGGUAAUGACAACAUUCAUGGCACCGCCUCCUGCUUCUACCUUCCUAGCUUUCCAUCCGCAGGAUAACAACAUUAUUGCCAUUGGGAUGGAGGAUUCAACCAUUCACAUCUAUAAUGUCAGAGUGGAUGAGGUGAAAUCAAAAUUGAAGGGUCACCAGAAGCGUAUUACUGGUUUAGCUUUUUCAACCAAUCUUAACAUACUGGUUUCAUCUGGUGCUGAUGCUCACCUUUGUGUGUGGAAUAUUGAUACAUGGGAGAAAAGAAAAUCAAUUCCAAUACAACUACCAGCAGGAAAGUCAUCUGUUGGUGAUACACGUGUACAGUUCCAUUCCGAUCAACUUCGCUUAUUGGUAGUCCAUGAGACUCAGUUAGCAAUAUAUGAUGCCUCUAAGAUGGAACGCAUUCGGCAGUGGGUUCCCCAAGAUGUUCUGCCUGCCCCAAUAUCAUAUGCAGCUUAUUCCUGCAACAGUCAGUUAAUAUAUGCUGCAUUUUGUGAUGCCAACAUUGGUGUUUUUGAUGCUGAUAGCUUGAGGCUCAGAUGUCGUAUUGCACCACCAAUAUGCUUGUCACCGGCAGCUUUAAGUGGAAGUCAAGCUGUGUAUCCUCUUGUGGUUGCGGCUCAUCCACUAGAAGCUAACCAGUUUGCUGUUGGGUUGACGGAUGGAUCUGUGAAAGUGAUAGAACCCUCUGAAUCAGAGGGUAAGUGGGGAACAUCCCCACCUAUGGACAAUGGAAUAUUGAAUGGUAGGGCAGGAUCAUCAUCUACAACAAGCAACCACACGGCUGAUCAGGCCCAAAGAUAAGAUCAAUUGUAUUAUACUAGUGUAGUUCUUCUCAUCUGUAAUUUUAUCAGCUUAGGUGUUUAGAUUUUCAUUCACCAAUAUGUCUCAUCAAAUAUCAGUUCAGCUUGAACAUAAAAUGGUAAAUGCCUAGACGUAUACUCGUGUAUACCUUAAUUUAUUUUAUUUAACUCAAUUUUAUUGUUUAUAUUUAGUUGUAAUGUUCUUGUUUCUUGCUAA